AUGAAGACUUUACUGUUGGUACUAUCAUUUACGUGUGUUUUUGAAAUCUCCAAUUCAAUUCUAGGAACACAUUUUUGGAAGUUCCAGGAAAAGGUAGGACAGUACAAGAAAAAACGAUUUUUGAAAAAUAAACUAAGAUGGCAGAAAGUGUUUUCUCCAAACAGUCAUUUAAUGUAUAGUGAAUUUGAAGACCUAUACUUGGAGCAACCACUGGACCAUUUUGAUCCAUUGGUAACAGAUAUAUAUGAACAAAGAUACUGGGUAAAUCCCACUUACUGGAAUAAAGAAAAUGGUCCUGUAUUUCUGUUUAUUGGUGGUGAAGGAGCACUGGGUGCAUAUGAUGUGGAAGAAGGAGAGCAUGUUGACCUGGCAAAGAAAUAUGGAGCGUUGAUAUUUGCUGUAGAACAUAGAUUUUAUGGUGCAAGUAUAAAUAAAGAUGGCCUGAAAUUAGAAUAUUUACAGUAUUUGUCAAGUCAACAAGCAUUGGCAGAUCUUGCAUCAUUUCAUCGUUUUGCCACUUCUAAGUAUAAUAUUACACAAAGCAACAUAUGGAUAUGUUUUGGUGGUUCUUAUCCAGGAUCACUCUCAGCAUGGUUUAGAUUGAAAUAUCCUCAUUUAGUUUAUGGAGCCAUAGCAUCUUCAGCACCUGUGAGGGUAGUUAAAAAUUUUGAAGGUUAUAACCAGGUGGUUGCUGCAAGUUUGGCAGAUCCUGUUGUCAAAGGAUCUCUAAAAUGUUCAGAUAACAUUGCUGCAGCAUUUAAGAUAAUAGACCAGAAGAUCAAGGACAAACAAUUUGACACGUUGAAGGCUGACUUUAAGUCUUGUAAUAACAUCAGUAGCUACAAUGAUACUGCAUUAUUUCUCAACAAUCUUGCUGGUAUAUUUAUGGGUAUUGUACAGUAUAACAAUGAAAUGCCUGACUGGAACGUGGCUGCAGUUUGUCAAAACAUGACUCAACCAGCAAGUCCUUAUGACAACCUUGUUAAAUUUACUACAAUAUACCUUGAUGGAAUGGGGCAGGAAUGUUUUGAUAAUUCCUAUGAUAAUUUCAUACAAGAACUUGAGGAUACGACUCCGACUGAAGAGGGUGUUGGUGUAAGACAAUGGACCUAUCAGACUUGUUCUCAGUUUGGCUAUUAUCAAACUUGUGAUCAAAACACCACUUGUUUAUUUUCCCCAUUGAUUGAUCUCAAAUCAAGUCUGGAGGUGUGUACUACUGUCUUUGGUAUCCAUGGUAAAAUUGUUGAUAAACAAGUAGACUUCACCAAUUCCUACUAUGGAGCAAAUCAUCCCAAAGGCACUCGCAUAGUGUUUGUAAAUGGUUCUAUUGAUCCAUGGCAUGCAUUGAGUGUACUCCGUAAUGAGAGUCCAUCACAAAUAUCCAUAUAUAUCAAUGGUACAGCGCAUUGUGCUAAUAUGAAGUCACAACAACCUACUGAUCCACCAUCUUUAGUUGAAGCUAGACAGAAAAUUGAUGCACAAAUUGGUGAAUGGUUGAACGAAACGAAACUUCCAAAUAAAGACAUGAGACUUUAUUUCACAGUUUAGUACUUCCUACCAACAUUGUUUUGAAUCAACAAAAAAUGUAUUUUCAUUAUUUCUCUGCAAAAUUUUUAUUUUCAUUGUGUCGCUAGUGAAAACCUAUAGACAAUAUUUUCUAUAAUAAAAAAGCAAUUAUAGAAAUCUUUUAUUUUCAAAAUUAUGUCAUUUGUUGAACCAUACGUGUUAUAUGUAGCACUUCUAUUGAGAUACAGUAACUAUGUACAAAAAAUUGAGGUCAUCACAUACUGAAAAAUGAUAGUCUUGAAGAAAAUGG